GCCAGCCGUCAGUUAGCAUUGGGCUCUCGUGCGGUUUGGUUAGUAAAGACGCGAAACAAUCGGUGGUGCGCUAUAGAGGACAGUUUCUUUCGUUUGAUGCGAGGAAAACAGACAACAAAACACUACAAGAUACGCGACAACGACAACAAACGUUCCAUACAUCCAUCCAUUCAUCGUCCAUGUGCAGCACAUUACUACACCCGACAAAUGCGGAUUUGUUGUGGACCCAGUGCUUGUUGUUGUUGCUUGGUGUCUCCUCAUUCUGCAGAGAAUUCCAUAGCGAAUGAGGUGAAGUGAAGUGAAAAAUUCAUAAGGAGGAAAAUAACGUAUCGUUCGUAUCGUAGCUCCAUUGAAGUGGAGUGCCAAAGAAAACAAAAAUCCAAGUUAAAUAAAUAAAUACACAGAAAUUUGUGAAUGAGUGCGUAUGUGUGUGUAUGUUUGCGCGAGAUUUUCCUCAUUACGUGAGAAAUAAUACCAAGAAAAGUGCCUUUUGGAAGAAAAACCAAGAAAUUGAAUAAAGGAAAGAAAAAGAAGCAGAAGUGAGCCAAAAUAACAGCAAAGCCCAAUAAACCAAAAUUUCUAUCUGCAGUGCAGUGUUGCCGAUCAAAGCAAAGCGGUGCGGUGCGUGUGCAUAUUCGAAAAAUAAAACAUCAGAAAAAAUUGUUUGAAAGUUAAAGCUGUCUGUCCAUCGCCAGCAGCCUGCCAGGCCCACAGCAGCAGCUGUAAUAAAAACAACGUGUGUCUUUUUUUGUUUGUUGUUUAGCAAGUGAAUGAGUUCGAUUGUUGGUGUAGUGCAGUGCAUCCAACCAACCAUCAACAUCCAGCCAACAUUGCGUGCGUGGGUGUGUAUCAAACUCUGGAAACUAACAACAACAAUAAUAAUUCCGUCCCAAACAAAACUAGUGAAAAUCUACACAGCGAAGAGAAAAAAUCAAUGAAAACGAGUUAACAAAACAAUCUAGGCCAAUAAACGCCAAAAAGUAAGCCACAUCACAGCCAAUACAGCAACCAACGUCUCAGAACUUUAUGCAACGGAACAGGCAGACAGCAAAGAAACAGGACUUGUGCCCCUCUCCUUCAACAAAGAUCGGAUACUCAAUGAAUUUUAUUUGCGGAUUUGUUUUGUUUUGAGAGAGAAAACAAAAAAAAAAAAAAAAAAAAAAAAAACAGACGAGAAACUAAGCCAAGUUGCGAAUGAGAUAGCAAAGCAAAGAAGUUGUGGUCUAAAUCAGUUGCCACAGCCAGCGUAAGAUCAGCUAAAAUGAAACAAGUUUCUGUGGUAGUUUUUGCUAGUGUUUUAUGUGUUUUCAGCUUCUUCGCUGUCCGCGUCAACAAAAAUUUUAUGCUAAACAGAAAUUGAAAAUCCCAUCCAAAACAACGAAAAAAAAUCAAAAUACCACACAACAGCUAGUGAGCCAGCGAACCAGUCAUUCAGCCAGUCUGUCUGUCAAUUAGCCAGUCUUAUAGAGAAAAUAAACAACUACGCCAACAUUCAGGCAAGAGCAGGGAGACGGCCGCAAGCAGGCAGACGUCAUCGUUAUAGAAGUGACCUACAAAGACAGGUUUGUGAUUUGUCUUUGCAGUUAAAGACGGGUUGUGAGUGAGCAACAAGAACUGCCGUCACCAUCGGUAGCGGAGUAGACCCAGUUGAGACAACCGAAUAACCAACCUCCCAACCAAACAAACUACUCACCUUAUCAAACAACGACAAGUUGGAGGCAUCCAAAACUGCGGCGUGAGCAAAAUGGCAACCACAACAUUUACAACCAUGAUACCGACCCCCUCGGCCAAGACAACGGCUGCCAAAAGACCCGGUCCACCAGUUCCACCCAGACCACAACAAUCGAGUUUGUUGAGAACACAGCGAGAUGCUGCUGGUGCAGGCGGCGCCGCUGCCAACUUGCCGCAACGUUCGUCUAGCAAAGUAGGUCUAGAACAACCUCAAAUUCUUAAGAAACCAGCACCGGUAGCUGCCACCACGAGUGGCAAUGCUGCAAGUGGCGGUCGCACGGUUAUCUACAAAUCUCCAUCGUUGAAUUUGCAAAAACGCCAAGAAGAACGUGAGAAACGUGGUAGUGGUGGCGAAUCGUCGACAACGACAACAAAAGCCAAUGCCGUUACUCAAACGACAACCAGCUCCACAGCAAAAUUGACAAAUGGCACGCAUGCCCCUAAACCCCCCCUGAAGUUGAGAAAGGCACCCGAUGUGCCCACAGCUAAGGCACGCAUUCAAACGGCAACCGAUGCAACUUCACCCACACAGCAAUCGGCAGCAACAACGGCAACAACGGCAACAACUACGCCCACGCCCACAGCCAACAUCACCGAUGAAAACCGUGACAACAACAAUAUUGUCAUUGUACAGUCAUCACAGGGCUCAGUGACCCUUAAUCGCCAUCACUCCAUGAAUACCCCAUCAUCACACACUAAAAGCCCAUCCAACCUCAAAGACAGUCGCCUUAGUUUGGGCCGGGCCGAUUUCGAAAGGGUCGGCAACAAAAUCAAUCUCAGCCAAUUACAGCCGACAACGCAACCUUUGCCUCGUCCAAGAAAAAUCGUUAAAAUCCCAGUGGCCACCAUGGAUGUGGACGUGGACACCAAUUCCCUGAAUUCCACUUCGACAACAACAUCAUCGUCUUCGAAUUCUCAUGGCACCUCAACACUGGGUGUGAGUCUAUUCAAACGUUCCAAGACCACACUGGACCACUUUACCUCCAGGGCUCACAUUACGACAGUGUCGACGGGAACGGCGGGUGGUUAUCUCAGCGGCAAGACAGUGGAGAUUAAAAACAAUCUUAAAAAUGCUGCCGAGCGUCUCUUUUCCGAGAUUAUGGUCAAUCAGCAGAAGCAUGAGUCGGCUGUUGGUCUUAGCAAUAUGGUGAUAACCAAACACGAAAGGGCCAUACAACAUCAAACGAUGGUGGAGACACCAUCACCGACGAAUGUGACAGUGGUCAAUACCGGCAGCGAGGAAGGCCCCGCUUCGAAAGGCAGUGACAAUUGCACCCGUAUAAAUAUUAUAACAACGACCCCAACACACACUGCAAACAAUGGGCAAAAGCAGGAGCAGGAGCAGCAACAACAAUCACAGCAACAGCAGCAGCUGAUUGGUGUCAGGCAAGUGGUUUCGGCUUUUAAUUCUCCAGAGAAGAAAUCGGCCGCCUUUCAUGAAAUGUUAAUUUCCGAAUUGGCAGCAAUGCGUACCCGCUCCUGUUCUAUGGAAAAUUUGCAAACCAAAUCCCAUGGCCAUGAACCACAACAAGAGCAACAACAACGCCAGCUACAAUUGCAAUUUAAGGCUGGUCCACCACCCAAAACCCUCGAGAUCAAAACCAACAACAAAAUGCAAGAUGAACAAUCAAAUCCCGAUGAUGAUAUUGAUGCCGACAACGUUGAAGAUGCCGAUGGUGAUGGUGACGACGAUGGCGAAGAUGAAGGCCAGGACAUUGAAAAAGUCCUCAAGAAAUCGCUAAAAGUCAUCUCUGCCAACAAUCAGAAUUCGCCACGCAAACGAACACCGUCUGGCUGUUCGUCAGAUUCUUCACCCUAUGGCACCGAACGUUCGUCACGCAUUCGCACCUCGGACUGGAUAGAAGUGGGUGACAACGGUAAACAGGUCACUCUAACCAGUUGUCACAUUAGUCUCGAAGAUUCCGGUUUGGAAGAUGAAGAACGCAUGGAUGAGAUGUCGUCGUCUGGUGUAGGUGAUUCAUGGGACAGCGUCAAGGAGGCUGAACAAUACAAUCACCAUCAACAGCAACAACAACAGCAUCACUUGAUUCAACAAGAUCAGCAACAACAAACAAAACGUAGCAGUCGCAGUGUUAAAAGGAUAAUGUCCAUCAAUGAUUUGCCACCAUUGCCAAAAAGUUUAAGCGGCAUUAAUAAAAUGCUUGCCUCUGAUUCCGGUCUCAUUAGUGACGUGGAUACCGAAAUGGCCAGGAAUGCCAAAAACAGUGAAAGCCAAAAAGAAAAUAAUAGCAAUAGCAGCAACAACAACAAUAAUAAUAGCAACAUUAGCAUUAAGGAUACUGGUGACAAGUUGAACAAUUCAACAUUAAUAAUGGCGGCAACUGCAACUGCAACAUCGUCGUCAUCAUCAUCAACAACAACAACAACAGCAGCAGCAGGUUCCGCUUCCGCAAACGAAACUACAACAACGACAACACCUCUAAAAGAAAUAAAUGGCAAUGAGACCAUUUCGGAAAUACCGCCCGCGAUACCGGGCAGCAAAUUGGAUAAUCAAAUAGCAACGUUGCGUAAAGAAAUGUUUGGACUUCGCCAAUUGGAUCUCACCCUACUCUCACAACUGUGGGCUCUCAAUGAUUCUAUACAAGAAUUUCGCACCAUGAUACAGGAGAAUGAGCAAGAAGACGAUGAGACAUACUCGACCCAUUCACGUUCACCCUCACCCUAUGAUUCCGUAUCAUCCGACGGCGAUGAUGAGAUAUCAGCUCUGAAGGGUAAAAAGCUUCUCGAUAUGCAAAAUGCCAAUAACAAUGCCAGUGUUAUUACAACCCAACCGAAAUUAACGUCUAAAUCCUAUGCCCCAGAAAACGAAACGACAACUAAACUCGCCAACAAUCGGACAUCGACAGCGUCUGGUAUCGGUGGUAACGAUGGUGGCAUUGGUGCCGGUGUUGAUAUGUCAACGUUUCAAUCGGCGCAUCUGAUGAAACCCCCAUUGCCAAAACCGUUGGAUGUCAAGCCGGUGCCACGGAUGCGCAGUGCCCCACCACCACCACCAACGCAUCGCAAAAGUCAAAAUGCACCGCCACGACCCACAUGAUGUUACCUGUCUGACUUCUUAGCCGAAGUCAAGAUGGUCAUGUGUAAAGUGAUUGUGGGCGAUUCGGCCAACACUAACAAUAACAACAACAACAAGAUCGAGGUCAAGAGGAAUUCCGCAUUCUAUGUUAGCAACAACGAGGCCGUUGUUCACCAAUUGGCCUUCAAGCAUUCCUCCAUGUCCAAUGACCAUCCCUAAUACAGGCGACAUCUACUACUACACCAGCAACAACAACAAACGAUAUUUUACAUUUAUAAUUAUGAGGACCAGAAACCAGAAAUCCCAAGUCGUAUUGAGAAGGCAGACAGUCAGAUGAUGUUGGCCAAGGUGUCCCUAUGAAAGAAACCACAGCAUGUAGUCCAUACUAUACCAGUUGUAAGACACAGAGAGGAGCAGCAUCAGCGAAUGCAAAAAACAACAACCACAUAUUGUUAUUAUUAUCGAAUGGCUUUAGAGUUUAGAGUGCGUAUUGUAAAUUCUAUGAUUUCUAUUUUAUUUUCUGUGUAUGUAUUAAUCAUCCGAUCGUUGGAUUGACAGAUCGAUCAUCUAUGUGAAUGUGUGUGAUUAUUAUCUUAUGUUAAUUAAUUAUUAAAAAUCAUAACUAUAAUUAUCUACAUAUUGUUAAGUUUAUAUAUUUUUUUGUUCAUAAUCAUAUCUUUUUGUAUUAGAUUUUCCCCAACCAUGUAUAUCUGUUUUUAUUGUUUUUUUUUUUCAAUUCUAUUUUAUUAUUGGGUCUAGGUCCAUCGGGUGUCUAUUUAUAUAACUCUAUUUAAUUGUAAUUUUUCAAUUUUGUUUUGUGUUUAUUUUUAUUUCAAUCUCUAAAACCUUUAUAUUUAAUCCUGAAACAAGAUGCUUAGAAUGCAUUUCUUGUAUAACCCAACUAAGGAUUUCGUUACGUUUUUGUUUUCCUUUAUUUUUUUCAUUCAGUUUCAGUUUAUUAUUAUCCGUUUUGCUAUUUCUUUUUCGUUAAGAUUUCUUCUACAUUGAGUGAAUAAGCGAAGAAAACAAAACAGAGGCAGGCAGAGAUCUAAGAUAAUUAACUAUUAAGAACGAUGACGAUGAUGACGGCUUUGAAGAUGAUGACGUUUGGAUUUAAUCCUUUCCAAUCCGCUUUCAAUCGACUAAUUGAUUGGCAUAUAAAUUGAACUCUCAUAUUUUGUAAAUAUAUCCCUAUAAUAAAUAAUAUUAAUCAUAAUAAUACUAAAAAUAAUAACAACAAACCAAUAAAGCUUAAAAUGCAUCUGAAUAUCUUUUAUACUCUGGCGAAAAUAAUAAACAAUCAAUAAAAUCUAUAUUAAAUACAAAA